AUGGCAUCGACGCAGGAUGAUGAUAUGUAUCUGUUCUCAGGCAGCCUCGAACACACAGCCACCUUUGCCGGUCAAGACUUCGACAGCUUCUUGACCUCACCAGCUACCGAAGCCGGCCCGUCGACGUCGAGCGCAGGAUAUCUCAACCCAGUCGAUUUGUCCAUAAAGCGGGAGGUAGAUGAAUUCACCCCUCUCCCUGCCGGUGACGCCUUUGCGCGCUCUUCGCGUGGAUCUGGAUCUGGUUCAAGUACGUCCUCUGCCGAGUCUCUCGAUGACCACAAGCGCCACGCAUCUGCCAAUUCGACCGCGUCCCCCCCUGCGCUCGAUCCUUCCCUGCAAGGCACCUGGGGAAGCGGAAUAAAUGGAUUCUCAAUAUCGUCUAAUGAACCCCAUUUCGAGGAUGCGUCUAUGGCCGGCUUGGACUCGGAUUUUGAAGUCAGCAAUAGGCAAAUGGCUACCGACUUCGAUUUUGAGACGGCUGCGAGUACGCCUAGCGGUUUUGAUAUGAUGAACCCAAGCAAUAUCAAGACCUCGCUGAUCGCCCGCCCCUUCAAUCAACAGCCAAACAUUUCCGCUCUUGGGAAGCACCACUCACCCGCCGGCGUCCCAAACAAUGGUCAGCCUCAUUUUAUCUUCUCCAGUUCCAGGGACGAGUCACCGCUUCACGCCAUGCUCCCCGCCCAAGGCCAUUCUCCCUGGAGUAGACACUCUCCGUCGUCCGGAUUGGAGGAGACAUUUAAUCACAUCACCAUGAAUGGGGACUCGCCCGGAAACGCGACCUUUUCUCCGAACGUGCAGUUCUCGGCGACAGGCUUCAGCUUCGACCCCGAGUCAAGUGCCACACCUUCCACCUUCAACAAGGACAUCUCUUCUCCCCCUUCCACCGUCAAUUCUGCCGAAGCCAACCCUGUACUUACAGUACACCCCACCUCUCUCAAAUCCCGGGUAGAAACCCAAAUACCGAUCAAGUUGACCCUCUCGUCCCUUCCUGCCGGAGCUAAGAAGCUAAGACUGCCGAAAUACACAAUCUCGAAGCCCAAGUUCUUGGCAAAACCUGACCCCGACCGGUCAGCCGAGAUCUUGGAACUCUAUACGUCGUUGGUAUGCACCAGUGCUAUUCAGGAUCCUGCCAAAUUGCAAAGGGCGUGGGCUCGAGCGAGAGGGCAGGAUGUGCCCCCGUGCAAUGGUCCGAGCCCGGCUUCCUCGACAGAGUCGUCCUCCUCGAAGGACGAUGAAGACAACCCCUUGAAUGGUGGCGAAGUUCGUAUAUGCACCGGCUGCAUACAGAGAGAGAGAAAGAGAGCUUCAAGGAAGAAGCAAAAGAAACCUGAGGAGGAAGAAUUGUUCCAGAAGGACGAAGAAAGAAGGGUAGUUGUUUUCAACACCAACGAACUGAAAGACUGGGUCGAAGUUCCUCGUGAUACGGAUGGCUUGCCUGUCGCCGGCGAAGGUCAAAAUAUCAACCCACCUCCUGGAGCCAUGCAGGUUGAGCUUCCCAUGCGGAUAGCUUGUUAUUGCCGCCAUCAGAAUGAGAAGCUGGGGUUUCAGGUAAUCUUCACUAUCAAAGAUUAUCGAGACAAGGUUCUUGCUCAAGCCAUGACCAAUCCUAUCAUGAUCACUGAUGACCACAAAACCCACAAUACUCCUGCAACCGAGUCGAAUCUUCCUGCGGCUGCACAGCCGCCGAGUCAUCAAGUACCAGGGGCCGGGAUCUUGCCAACCAUGGGCUCAGUGCAGAGUCACCCGCCUCCAGUCAACCCCAAGAUGUUCAAGCAGUCUUUUUCUACCACCGACUUGCAUGGGCUGCAGCACAACUUCAACCCUGGUUAUCCCAUGGCGCCGCCGAGUAAUCCCUUUGCCAUACCAUUGGCAGUAUCCGGCCAGACUUCGACGUCUCUGACCCCUCGGAACCUGUCAAGACCUGCUUCUCCGAACGGACCAUCAGGGCCUACGACGAAACGACGGAAGCAAAGCGGAUCUGGCAAACUGCCCUCUGGGUUAACAAUGACUCGCUUGGACACUUCGCAGGUCCCUUCUGGCCUUGCGACAAUGCCCAACAGCUCGUCCUCCUCGCCAUAUGCCCAGAAUAUGACGUCUUACAUGGCGGCGAACGAGCAUCAAUUUGCGGUUCCGCCUGUGCGGCCUGGUCCCUUUGGCGCGAGCCCUCCGACUCCCAAUGGGAAUGAUCAAUCCUUCGCUGGCAACAUUAACCGUUCUUUCAGCCUGGAGAAUCUCCCUCGGCAGGCGGCAAUGUCUGCCCCGCCGUCUCGACAGCAGAGCAGGCCCGGUAGCCCGGGGUCUGCAAGGAAUAGCUUUGGCGCCGCGGAUGCCCAUUUCGGGCAGGCAGUGACUAGUCAGCUCAUGGGUCAGCCUGCGCGUCGUCCACCCCCUCUCAUACACAAACUUGUCCCUGCCGAGGGCUCUGUGACAGGUGGUACCGAAGUGACACUUCUAGGGAAUGGAUUUUAUCAAGGUCUCGAGGUUAUGUUCGGGGACACCGAGGCAACGACAACGACGUUCUGGGGUGAAAAAUGCCUAAACUGCAUUGCUCCUCCAGCUUUGCAGCCGGGGGUUGUGCCUGUUGUCUUUAAACAUGACCAUCCACAGUAUUCUGUGAUGCAGCAACAAUCCCAGGCGCGGCCAUCGCUCUUCACAUAUGUCGAUGACAGGGAGUUGGAGAUGUUCCGCCUCGCAUUACGGACACUUGGCAAGCAAAUGCAACACCCGACCGACGACCCUUACUCAGCCGCGCAGCAGCUGCUGCAGGGGCAAUCACACUCAAUAUGGCCUUCCCACGCCAACUAUAGCAUCACUUCGGGACACCAGCGUCAUGCAAGCCUUGUCGCAGGUGUUCCCACAGAUACGCUCGAGCUCGAAAGUACAAUGAUCCGUCUUCUGGAACACAUGGACGAACAACGGCGCUUCAGAGCUCCGAGGUUCGAUCUCCGCCGUCCUUCUGGCCUAACAUUGCUUCAUCUAGGCUCGUCCCUCGGGUUGACUCGUUUUGUGGCUGGUCUGCUCGCAAGAGGCGCCGACCCUAAUUUGGUGGACAACAACGGUCAUACGCCCAUGCAUCAUGCAGCCAUGAACAGCCACACCCAUGUAAUUCAUCGACUUCGAUUGGCGGGUGCCAAUCACAAGGUGCGCAGCAUUCGACAGUUCACCCCUGCCGAUCUUGCAACCUCUCUGCUCGCCUAUCAAGCAACAAUGACCCCUCUGGGGCACCCUCGGUCGCUCAGUGUGGGCGAUUCGCCCAUGCGUCGGCACAGUCGCAGCUCCUCAUCUCUUCGCUCUUUCUGGGACAACGUGUCCGACCACUACGAUACUACUGAUACAGAAGAUUCUGCCGCAUCUGAUGGCGACGACGAAACUCCCACCAUGACAUCACCCGGGGAGCUGGAGCGCUCGCGACCUCCAAACCAGACUAGUCUGGGUGAAGCCGUGGCCAAUGAUCCGCUGGCACGGAGGAACAGCGUGCAUCAUAGUGCCGCCCCAAGGGCUGACUUACCACAAAGCAGGAAAGAGGAUGCUACAACAACAGUAGCGCCACCGGCGUUCAUGCUUGCCUGGCGUGAUCAUUUGGUAGCUCAGUUACAACAGUUCAACGACAGUGCUCACUCGGUCAUGCCGAACCUUGCCAACCUGAACGGACCUUUGACAGCGCUGCAAGAUUAUCAAGCCUAUCCGAUGGUUCGUCGAGUCAGCUCGCUGUUUCCUCAGCGGCCGAAUUCCAGACAGCAGCGUGGUCAGCGUGAAGGCUGGUGGGAGACGCUGACUGGCACCUCAUGUCCUGCGCCAUCUUCGCCCCCCGCCUAUGGCGACCUGUAUCCCGAAAGCGGAGGCAACUCGGAUGAUUGGAGUCUGAAAAAGUCCUUUGCCAUUCAAGCGGCUGCUGGAACUACGGUUGACUUGCACUUUGAGCAGAGAUUGGCCUCUCCCGGUUCAGCUGCGUCAGAGCCCGUAGCACGGAGACAGAUUGAGAGAGUCGAGCUGAGUCGCGACAGAAAACUGUUCUUCUUCUGGGUAUGUGACACUACCAGAUUCUCGUUCUGCCUGCUAACAUAUCCUCGUCACAGAUUCCAUUGCUAG